GCCGCGCGGCACGCGGCGCCCCCGGGCUGCGCCGGAGCGGGCCGGGCCAUGGCGGCGGAGGCCCGCGGGGGGCGGGAGCUGCUCGCCCUCAUCCACCAGCACUUGCUCCGUGGCGGCUACGCCCGGGCGGCCCGUGAGCUCCAGGCGCAGACCGGGCAGAAAUUGCUCCCUUCCCUCUCGACCUCUCUCGAGGACAUCUUUACCCACUGGGAAAAAACUCCCCCAAAUUCCAGGAGAAGAAAGGUGAGUGAUGAGGAGGCAGCCAUACCAGAAAAGAUCAGAGUUCCUGAUCCCGUGAGCAGCUCUGAGAGCUCAGAGAAAGAAGAGGAUGAGAAAGAGAAGGCAAAAACUGCAAAUGGUAGGAGCCUUUCAUCUCCCUGGAGUUGGCAGAGUAGGACUGGAGCAGGAAGCCUUUCCCUGGCCACAAACUCAGGAGUGAAUGUAGAAAGCAGUGAAGAUGAUGACUCCUCAUCAGAAGAGGAGACACCAGCUGGAAAAGGUGCAAUUACGGUGAUACCAGCUGUGGUGAGUGGCAAAGCUGCCAACAACCUGCAUUUGCCUAACAAACCCACUGCCCCAGUGGGUAAAGCAGCGGCACUCUCUGCUGCAAACAGAACUGUGGUCUCAAAUAAGCAGCAGCCCAAUGCGUCACCUGCAUCUGCAGCUCCAGCCAAGGCUGGGCAGAAACUGCCUGAUCCUGGGAAGCUCAGACCUGCCACAGCAGCCACGGCCAAAGUAGGUCAAAGCAAAGCACCAGUAACGACCAAAGCACAGGAAAGCUCCAGCAGCAGCUCCUCAUCGGAAAGUGAGGAGGAAAAAGAGACACCGACUGCAAAGGCCCCAGCCCCCAAAGUGGAGCUGAAGCAGGCAGCUGGGGCCGCUGAGAGCAGCAGCGAGGAAUCAAGUGAUGAGACAUCCUCUGAGGAGGAGGAUGCAACUCCAGUGGUCCAGGCAAAACCAGCUGUGAAAACAACGCAGGUUAAUGCAACACCUGUGAAAAGUGCACCUGCUGCUCCGUUGUCCCUCAAGAAGAAUGCAGUGAGGCAAACAACACUGGCACUGGCACCAAACCAGGUCAAACUUGCAUCCACAACAGUUCCUGGGGCUGCAAAGCCUGAUGACACAUCAGAGAGCAGCGACUCAUCAGACACCGAAGAUGAGGAAACUCCAUCAGUAACCCAGACAAAGCCACCUCCAAAAUCCUCGCAAGCCAUCCCAUCCCCGGUGAAACCUACACCAGCAGCAUCCCUCUCUGGCAAAACAGCUGCAGCAAAAACACUUCCACUGUCCCAAGGGAAGCCAGCACCACAGCCAGCAGUGCCAAAGCAGGCCAGAACCACACUGGGAAGGACUGCUGCUCCCCCAAAGCCUGCUGAAGGUACGAAGCCAGUGGAGAGCUCUGACUCCUCAAGUAGUGAAGAGGAGGAUCUCCCUGUGCCUGUCAGCCAGAAGAGAUUAACAGAACAGCCUGGACUUGUUCCCAACCUGAGCCAGGCUGCUAAAGCUGCGCCGCCUGAAAAAGCAGUGGGAAGCACCUUGAAAAGCCAGGCCUCAGCAAGCGAGAGCAGUGACUCGUCUGACAGUGAAGAGGAGUCCCCUGCAGCACAGACACAACCACCACAAGCAGCUGUGAAAACCAAUGCUGCGCCCCAGCCAACAACUGUGAAGAAGGCACCAGCUCCAGCACCGGCCCCAGCCCCUCUACUUGUGGACAGCAGCGAUGAUUCCAGUGAGGAGUCAGAUUCAGAGGAGGAAAUAGUCCCCCCUUCUCAGAGUCUGUCCCAACAGAACGUCAAAGCCACCAAGGUUUCGAGCGCAGUGGCUGCUAAGGGUAAUGACACGCUGCCUUUGGGGAAGGGAAUAAAAGCACCUGCCGUCCCUCCAGUUAGCAGAGUGUCUGAGAGCUCAAGCAGUGACUCCUUGGAGCAUGACGUGCUGGUGGGAGAGGCCCUCCCUCCUCCUUGUCUAAAGGAAACGGUUCCUGUGGGAAAAGCUCCUCCAGCCAACGCUGCUGCCCCACAGGCUGCUUCGCUCCUGGGAAGUCCCACUGCUAAGUCGAGGAAGCCAGGCCUGCAGCCAGUGCAGGAUGCCCAGCUGAGCCAGGCUGCGCCACCCACCCAGGCAGAGGAGGUCUCAGACAGCAGCAGUUCCUCAGACAGCGAGGAGGAGACACCCAAGCAGCCCCCCAAACCUGCAGGCUCACUGCAGAAACCAGGGGGGACCCAGCCGGCUCACAGCUCCUCCUCCUCGGAGUCCAGUGAGGAGGAGGAGGCAGCAUCACAGUCCCUUCUCACAGGCUAUCUGGGCCUCUCCAGGCUUCCAGCAGCACCCCAGGCACCAAAGACGGUUCCCCCCCAGCCUGUAGGCAAAGUGGGGCAAGGGAAAGCAGCCGUGACUGCUGCAAACUCCCUCGCCAAGGCCUCUCUGAAAGCAGCCCCAGCCGACAGCUCCAGCAGUGACAGCAGUGACUCUGACACAGACAUCAACGAGGUGGCUGCAAACCACAAAGCAGAAAACAAACUCCCUCCAGGGAAGGAAGCCACAGGAGCCUCCAACAAAGAGAAGGUGUCAGGAAAAACAGAGCCAGGAGCCUCCAACAAAGAGAAGGUGUCAGGAAAAACAGAGCCAGGAGCCUCCAACAAAGAGAAGGUGUCAGGAAAAACAGAGCCAGGAGCCUCCAACAAAGAGAAGGUGUCAGGAAAAACAGAGCCAGGUCAUGGCAGCAUCAAGCCUUCCCCACUCAAAAAAGCCCUGCCCAUGAAAGAGAACGAUGUUGGGGCAAAAAGGGCACAAGUGACCCCAGCAUCGCAUGCGCUGUUCUCCGUCCCACAACCAGAGGAGUCAAGCUCGGGGAGCGAAACAGAGGUCACCACUGCUGCCAAAGUUCCUGCAGUGCAAACACUGGAAGGGUUGGAAAUGAAGAAGAAAAAGAAAAAGGAAAAAAAAGAAAAGAAGGACAAGAAGAAACCUUCCUCCACAGCAGACAAGGGUGUGAAAACACCUAAGAGCAAAGACAAAGAGAACAAGAAGCAGAAAACCUCCCAGAAGCGGAAACUUCCAGGAGAGGAGGGGGCUGUUGGGCAGCCCAAGGAGAAGAAACAUAAAGGCCAAACUAAUGAAGAAGUAUCCAAAAAGAAAAAGAAGAAAGCAUCUGGUGAUGUGGAGAAGCUGUCAGGCAGCAAGGAAAAGAAAAAAUCAGCUAAAAAAAAAAAGACUGAAAAGAAGAGCAAAAAGGUGUCUUCGGAAGGGGAGCCUAUAGCAGAUGGCUCUGCUGAGGUUCACAAGAAGAAGAAGAAGAAGAAAACAGCCAAGCCUGAAGGAUUGUGAGAAGGUACCGCAUCCCUGUGAUUAAGGAUUUAUGGGUGAAGAUCAAACAGAAGAGAGAAGAAGGAAGCUCAUCAGGAGAAUUCCAACUUUUUUUUUUAUAUAAUAAUUUAUAACUUCUUUUAACUGUGACUUUUAGAGCCAGAGCAGUGUAACUUUCUGCCUCCUCCUGCCCUUCUGGGGCCCAGAGAUGUGUUUAUUGCCCCUCCCGACGGUUUGCCUGUUGCACAAGAACUGAACCAAAGGAGGCAGUCUGACCAGAGAAGAGCCAGCUUGCAUAAACUGCUUUCCUCCUAGUUGACAUCCAGCCAUCUCUCUCAUCACAGAGCUAUAUUUUUAAGAGAAACUUUCACUUUUUUUUCCUUCCCCCUUCUGUGAUUUGUGGUGUCAGUCCUUUUGCUACUAUGGAAGAGAGCUCUUGGGUUUACUUUUUAUUCUAACACUGAUGGAAGUAAUUAUCGUGUCCCUGGAGUUGCACUGAACAGCUGUGUCCAGCAGCUGUUCUCAGCCAAGACGGUGUAAUUUUUUGUGGAUUUUUUUAUGGAAUACAGAAUUAAAAAAGAACAGUGA